CAAGCUCCGAUGGCGGUGACGUCGUUCCAGACGCCGAUGCCGCAACCAUCACCUUUCCAGCCCUAGCUGGUCAGCACCAUGGCCCCUGUCAACUUGGCCGGUGCACUUAACGCUGCAGGGCCGUCGCGUCCCCCGCAAGCUACAGAUCCGCAGAUCACUCCUGAUGGUCACUGCGUCUCGAUUGAGAGCGAUGACGGCGAGUGGGACAUCCCGAGGGCCCACAAGAAGAAGAAAGGAAAAAACAUCCGGCCAGCGACCUCCCGAAACUCCGCCUUCGAAAGGCUGGGGGAUAGGGAGGAAGGCCAGAGGAAGUCAGCCAAGCAGAGGCUGGGGCAGAGUGUUGCCCACGUCAGCGCAUUCGCCCGGCUAGGCGAGAUGCGGGAGGCCGAGCCUGCCCGCACCCGGCGCUCCCGGUCUAACCGGCAGAAGCCAGCGAGGACGAGGGCCACCCACCAGGAAGGGGAGGUAGAAAGCCAGCCCAGGUUACCGGUGGUGAACCGGUUAACCAUCCCAAACGACCGCGUCCAGCAGAUGGAGGCAAAGCUGGAAAGGCUGGAAAAGAAGGUCGGGGAGAAGAAUGACCGGGACAAACCCCUGGCAGGGUCCCCGUUCACCACAAGGGUCCAUCUGACACCUUUCCCGCGAAAGGUCAAGAUCGACGCCCCCAGAUUCAACGGGAAGGAAGAUCCGGAAGUCCACCUGGACUCCUUCAACCAGAGUGCGACCAUGAACGGUUGCACCGAUGAAGAAAAUUGCCUACUUUUCUUCCAAACCUUGCGGAACCAAGCCACUGAAUGGUUCAAUAAGCUUCGCCCGGGAAGCAUUGACUCGUUCAGUGAUUUGGCCUCAAAAUUCAAGGCCAAGUUCCAGGAGAAUUGUACUAAGAGGAAGAAGUUCACCUAUCUUAGUACAGCCGGGCAGAGGGAGUCUGAGAACCUCACUCAGUUCCUUACCCGGUGGAAGGAAGAGGUAGACAAGGUGGAA